AUGUCUGAACACGUGCCUGCCUGGAAAAAAGCCGGAUUGGCUGUCGAGUCGGUGACCGAGGAUUCUGCCACCGCUCCCUCGUCCAACAAGCGAACUGCCGCCUCUCAAGAGAAGGACAAGAAGCCUCCCAAGCGACAGAAGCUGCCCAAGGACAAGCGAGCUCCUCCUCCCGAGUCGGACCAUCUUGUCUACAUCAAGACCUUUGUUGACGACAAGCCCUCAUGGAAGUUCAACACUGUUUCUCAGCAGUGGAUUCUCAAGAACCUGUUCAAUGAGCUGGUCCCCUCAGACUACGACGACUAUGUGCUCAAGUACGUGAGUACGGUCAAGGGUGGUGCUCGAGAUCGAGUUUUGGACUCGGCCAAGCAGAUCAUUUCCGACAAUAACGAGUACGUCCAGUGGCUCAAUGCCGACGACGAGGAGGACAAUGACGAGGACAAGAUUGAGGAGGAUGGGGAGAAGGAGGACAAGAAGGAGGAGAACAAGGCUUCGAAGAAGCGAGUUCCUCGACAUUUCGUCAAGCGAGCCCACGGUCUGAUUUCCGAGAUGACCGGUGAGGAGCCUGAUGUCGACUGGGAGCCCGAAAACGGAGAGGAGGUGUCUACCAAGCCCGAUUUCAUUGUCCAGGAUGUCAAGAAGCAGUACAACGAGGAUUUCUCCGAGAAUACUGUCCCCCAGACCGACCUGGAGUCGUUUGAUGAGGCCCAGAAGAACGACAAGAUUCUUGACAAGGCCGUCAAGAAGAUUGAGGAGCAUGAUAAGGAGGCCGCAUCGAAGCAAACCAAGGCUCCCAAGCAGGAUUUCAUUGUCAAGGACGUGAAGGAGCAGUACGAAGAGGAUUUCACCGAGGGUAAGCCCGAGGAGACCCCCGCCGAGGAGUUUGCUGCUGCUAAGAAGCUCGACAAAGAGCUGGACCAUGCCGUGGACAACCUGCACAAGGCUGAGGCCAAGGGCAAAGGAUCCAAGAAGGACGCCAAGAAGGACAAGAAGACAAAGUCGCCCAAGCAGGAUUUCAUUGUGAAGGAUGUCAAGAAGCAGUUCGAGGAGGACUUUACUGAGGGUGUUCCCGAAGAGACCCCUGCCGAGGAGUUUGAGAAUGCCAAGAAGCUUGACGAAGAGCUCGAUGAGGCUGUUGACAACCUCCACAAGUCUGAGGCCAAGGCCAAGGGCUCUAAGAAGGAUUCUAAGAAGGAGUCCAAGAACGCAAAGAAGACCAAGUCUCCGAAGCAGGACUUCAUCGUCAAGGAUGUAAAGAAGCAGUACGAGGAGGAUUUCACCGAAGGACUUCCCGAAGAGACUCCUGCUGAGGAGUUUGAGGAGGCUGAGAAGAACGAAAAGAUCCUCGACAAGGCCGUCAAGAAGAUUGACAAGUCUCGAAAGGCCAAGUCUGCUGCCAAGGAUAAGAUCAAGAAGUAG